CUGUUCUCGUUUCUUCAGAAGUAAGUUACCGCAUCGCAAGAAGAAUUUUCCACCUUGCUUCCAGCAGAGACGUAGCUCAUUCUUUGAAAAUGAGAUCCAGCAACAUCGCGAUUCACUACUUCCAUGAAGAUCCAGAAGUUUGGGCAGUUUCAUACGAUAAAAAUAGAAAAAUAAAUAAGAUAGACCGGUUACUGGCCGGUAUACCAGUCUCGAUCGGUCUACCGGUUGGUCUACCGGCUAAUGGCCCGAUCUUAAAUCCAGACCGAACCGGCGGUAACCGGUAUCAGUUCCAUCUCUGGGAGAAACAGUUUUUGAUGGUUUUUUAUAAUUCAAGAUGAUCCGAUAGAAUCUGUCUAGGAAAAAGAGGUUGUGUUUAGCUAUCAGAUAAUCGAUAGCAGAAAUUGUGUGAGUUAACUAAGAAAAGAAAGUUAUUGGAAAAAGAAAAUAUCAUAUAAAAGUUGAGCGAAGGUUUUCCAGGUUAAAGAAUCGGAAUCGUAGACUAGUUUCUCGACCUUCAUAGACAAGAAAUCUUACACAGGAAACACUAUUUUUCGAACAAGGCGGUUUUUGUUUAUUAUUGUACGAGAAAAAUAUAGUAUCGUUCGGUAUAUGUAUUAGUAACAAAAUCUUUGUCUUCACCUCAAGAAAUAAUCGCUUCCUGUUGAAAGAUCCAAGUUAACUAAUUGUGAGAAGUCGCAUUGCGUUUCAGACUCCUAGAAUCCGACAACUUUCAGCUGCACCGUAACAGUCCAAAUUGAUCGAAAACUGUCAGUCAAUAUCAGUUAUUUUCGUGACUAACGGUUUACUAUCGGUAUUCAUGACGUAAAAUCUCUAGAACAAAAGAAUUAGGUGCGCUUGAUUGUGGUUUAUGAAAAAUAAUCGAAAUUGAUUGGCAGUUUUUGACUGGGUUUGCAGGUCAUGGUACGGGAAAAUCCUUAUUUUGAAAAAUAGUCUUACAUAUUACAAUCUUUAAGUACGUAAGACAUCUUAGGUUACAGUUCGAGUAUUUCCUGAAUAAAUUUGCUCAGGAAGGAGAUGAAACGAGUCGAAAACUUCGAAGACUCCGAAACACCGUUGCAAUCCGUCGAUAAAGGGGAACAAGUUAGGCCGAUGAUGGAUCUAGAUAUCAUUCGGCGAGCUCUAUCGAUUUCACACCUAGCCAUCCACCGAGACAAAAUUCACACCCUCGGCCUUGUUCUCGAAUGUCCCCGUCAAGAUCUUGAUCUCGAUCUGUCUUGACCUUGACGUCGAUCAGUCUUCAAGUCGGAUGGUGUAAUCUCGACCUCGUUCUGAAUUGUGGUCGAUCAGAAGAGCGAUUUUUCUUCUAAGCUCGAGAGUUUAAUGUCAACCAACUCCUAUAUCUCAGUGCUUGAGCACUACAGAUCAGCAAUUCAAAUUUGUUUGAGCACUUUCACAAAACAAGUUCGAUCUAUGUUUGUAAUUAUAUGGAUGAAACUUAAUUGUUUAAUUAUUAAUUUUUAAAUCAAAAAUACUUAAUAGUCUUGUUUAACUUUGAGUUUAAGCAUACCUUCUACUGUGUUGAGACUUUUUCUUCGAAUCACAAUCGAUACUUGCGUCGAAACAUACUGAUUGCAGGUGAUAUAAUUUUUUGUUCUCAAUUUUUUAAGCAGCUUUUUAUACUUUCAUGUCCACUUCCUUCCUUUUUACUUCUGUGUUUACUUCCUCCCCUUUUCUUGCCACCUCGAUAGCAUCGAUGUCGUUGUUUCUUGCGUUAUUGAAUAUUUGAGGAAAAAACCAACGUACUUUGCUCGAUUUAUGCAAGUUAGUUAAUAACUGUCGUGCCAAGCAAUCAACUGUUUCCUACCAAUCUUCAAAAUUAAAAUCAGUAUGUGAUGCGAAGAUCUGUGCAACAGUACCACUCAGUGUAGGUCAACAAGGUAUUUGGAUAGAUGAUGAAUUGUCUAAUCAUACGAAUGCCAAAUAUAAUAUUGAAGCAACAUAUGAAAUUACAGACGACCGAAUUACGGUAAAAUUCUUGACUGAAGCUAUUCAACUUUUGGUCAAUCGGCAUCACUCGUUACGGACCGUUUUUGAUCGCAAUGAGCACGGUGAAAUUGUACAGAUUGUGAAACCAUUAUUAGUUGAUACUGUCAACGACACACCGGUUCUAGUCUUACACGCCCUUCCAAUCGAAGCAUCGAUCGACUCCGAAUUAACCCGCUUUCUUUGCCAAAAAUUUGAUUUGAAUAAACCGAAGCCAUUCUUUGUCAGCCAUUUUAUCACUGUUACCGGUCGACCUCGCGUAUUGUGCAUGAUCUUCCAUCAUGUCAUCGUCGAUGGUUGGUCAAUUGCAGUGUUAAUUCGAGAACUCAAUCAAAUUUUGCAAGCUUUUAUCGAUAAAAAAGAUCCAAGCGAAGGUCUCGCUCCAGUACAUUGCCAAUUUCACCAAUAUGUGGCCAAUCUGAAUCCAAAAAUGUGGGAUGCAGAUAUUGCAUAUUGGAAGGAAAAACUGAGCAACGGAGCGAUGAAUUUUGCCUGUCUACCAUCUGACCACCAAACUGAUUCAGAUAUCAGUGGUGCUACAUUCGUUCGUGAUAUUCCGCCGGUGCUUGUGCACCUUCUUCAGUCAUCAUGUCAAUCUAUCGAUGCUACGCCAUUUAUGAUACUUCUGGCCAUGUUUGAUGUAUUACUAGCGCGCUGCACAACAUGCUGGGGGGAUAUUGUUGUUGCGGCUCCAGUUUUCAAUCGUCCCUAUUCAGAAAUCGAAAAUACGGUGGGUCUUUUUGUAAAUGUAUUGCUCAUGCGUGUCGAUCUUAGUGCCGAUCCAACAUUUUAUGAAUUGAUGAUCAAUGUUAAACGUACUGUCUUGGAAGCAUUCGAGCACCAAGAAUCACCGCUUACUCACGUAACAUCGCAGCUCGAACAUCUUGAGCGUGAUUCACACAUUCCACAGCUCUUUCAAGUGCUCUUUGCCUAUCAAAAUGUCGGUGAAAUUGUUAGUACUAAUCUUUUACACAAGAUACCGGUGACAAAUCCAAUUGCCAAGUGUGAUUUGGAAGUGCAUGUAUGGGAAAAUAAGCAGGGAGCUCUAUCUAUUCACGCACAGUAUCGGAAAAAAGUAUUUAAGGCCUCGACCAUUGAGCGACUUAUUGAUCAAUGGAUGCUGCUUCUUGAUGCUGCUUCUUGA